GCCCCUUCCGGCGGCGGCGAGGAUGGCGGCGGAGAACCACUGCGAGUUCGCGGUGCCCGUGGCCGGCGGCCUCGGCGCGGGCGGGCCCUGCCGCCGCUGCAGCUCCGCGCCCCCGCCCGGCGCGGGGCCCGGCAAGUGGGUGCGGCUGAACGUGGGGGGCACCUGCUUCCUGACCACUCGGCAGACGCUCUGCAGGGACCCCAAGUCCUUCCUCUUCCGCCUCUGCCAGGCCGAUCCCGACCUGGACUCGGACAAGGAUGAAACAGGUGCCUAUUUAAUAGACAGAGACCCAACAUACUUCGGGCCAGUGCUGAACUAUCUGAGACAUGGGAAACUGGUUAUUAACAAGGACCUAGCUGAGGAAGGUGUACUGGAAGAGGCUGAAUUCUACAAUAUCACAUCACUAAUAAAACUGGUAAAGGACAAAAUAAGGGAAAGAGACAGCAAAAUCUCACAGGUGCCAGUCAAACACGUAUACAGAGUGCUGCAGUGCCAGGAAGAGGAACUCACUCAAAUGGUUUCCACAAUGUCCGAUGGCUGGAAAUUUGAGCAGCUUGUCAGUAUAGGUUCCCAGUACAGCUGUGGCCGGGCUCAGCAGUCAGAGUAUCUGCUGAUAGUGUCACGGGAAGUGAAAGGGGAAGAGAGAUGCUUCCAGAAAUGCUGCAGUGAGCUGGUCAGUAUUGGUUCUUCCUAUAACUAUGGCAAUGAAGAUCAGGCUGAAUUUCUGUGUGUUGUCUCAAAGGAAUUGCAUAACACUCCAUAUGGCACAACCAGUGAACCCAGUGAAAAAGCAAAGAUUUUGCAAGAACGAGGUUCCAGGAUGUGAAGACAGUAUUGAAUGGUGACAAUUUUUUCACUUUUAUUCGAAGAUGCAGUGAAUUGUCACACUGAAGAGGCUUGGCUGCAAAAGGAAAAAUCUGAUUUAGACAAUUUUUUGUUGAUCUGGGUUCAACCAUUUUUGUCUAUAAACUGGAUGUCAACUGGCUGGAAGCAUUGCAAGAUUACAUAAUGGGAAUAGAUGGUGUGGGAGUGUGUGUUAAGUUUUGGUUGUAGUGCAUGGUCGUACUCUCUUGUGGGCUGAUUGACACUGGUCAUUUGAAAAGAAAUGACCAUGCACUCAUAUUUUCCUUGAAGACAUGUAGCACUUAAUGUCUGGUGCUGGAUGACCCAAUGUUGAUCAGUCUGGAGAUAUUUUCCUACUAAUUGUUGUAAACCUUAAAAGGACAAUGCAAUUGGUGCUACACACACUCACACACACACACACACACAAGCAUUACAGCCCACAAAUGCAAGUAUUUGGGCCUACAUUGUUUCAGAAUCAGUGGCAGCCCCAGUUGACUGUGUUAUACUGCACAUUCCUUUUGGCUCUGUGACAUACUCUAUUAUGUAAUAACAGCCUAGGAGAUCAACUGAAACUAGCACGUGAAAAAAAUUACACAACAGAAAAAAGGUUUCUCUGGAGGAAGGGUGUAUAUAUUGACUGGAUUUAUAGCAUAUUUUAUCACCCAAAGGGAAGACUAAACUCAGAGAAAAUGGCCUUCAUCUGAGUUAUUCUUGAUGUUCCUUCUGUUAAAAGUCUCCUGCAAAAGUUAUGCUCCAGUCUUAGCCAGAUGCUUGAAAGGGGAAUCAAAAUUCACUUAAAAUGACCAACUGAACAUUCUGUUUCUUUUGAGAUAUUUAUACUCAUAUGUGUGUUUGUGCUUUUAUAAAAUGCCUAUAAGCAUUGAACUAUGUGGUAGAGAUUUUUCUAGAGCUGGAGGUUUUACAGAAGUAUGGCAGGGUAGUCCUAGGUCCUUGUCACUAUGACUGGGAUUAAAAUCAACCUUAGUGUGAACACAAGCUCAUCCAAUUGAAAAACAUGAUUACUUUGGACAUUCAGGAUACCUGUAAUCAACCUUUCUCUUUCUAUACAGUUUCAACUAUGCAGUUAAAGAAGAGUGUUUAAAAAAAUCUGGUGCAGCUUCAUUAGUUUGUCCUUGAUGAAGGCUAAUACACUAGACUGGAGCUUUUUAAUACACUAUGUUUUCAGCAAAAUCUUUAGCGCAUCUUUAAAACACUUAAUGAAAUGGACAGUAUAAAACUCGGCUUCAUUAACUUAUGGAAGCAGUGGAAGGGAGUUUCAAAAAGCUACAAGAUUGUUUUGAAUUCUAAAGACAUUACAGUUUUCAUUCUCAGUAAUUUCAGAAUUUAUGCAUAAACUGUACGUUAUCCUUUACUCAAAAGCCUGAUUUUCAAACAUCCAGGGUCUACUCUUUUUUUUUUAUUACUUUUUUUUUAAAGGACUUACACAUUGAUAAAAGUUUGGCAGAGAACAAUUUGUAAAAAACAUUUCUACUGAGCAGGUUAAGCAAUGGGCUAACUGUUUUGUCUAUGCCUAAUGCUUGAAAGGGUUUGUACUGCGUUUUGCGACUUGGAUGUGGUCUGCACAGGAAGCUGCUGGCCCCUCCACAACACAUACAAUUUUUGUCUUUUUUUAAGAAGUUAAAACGGACUUUAAUUUACUAAAAAUGUAAUUGUGUAGGGGGAAAUGUUUAUACUUUUAUACUUUUUUAGGCACCCAUAUUUUAUCAGCUUAAAUUGAACACACAAAUUUCCCCUAAAUAGUAACAGAUUAUCUUGUGUAUCUGAAAAUAAGCAUAACAGUUGUCUGUGUUAACUGCAUAUUAAAACAUUUCCUCUGCUGCAGUAUUCACUGUGUUUUUAAGCAGUAUGACUCCACCAAAUUCUCUGAGCUCCCCAGCUCAUGGAAUUGCAGCCAACCAUGUUACUUGUUUUCCUGAUGUGCUCUACAGAGUAAUUCAGCAUUGGUUUUUAAUGCCUAAAAUGCCUGUUUUACAAUGAUCCUUCUGAAUCAGCAUUUCUGUUUUAUCUUUUAUUUAACCCAAAAAAGACAGACUAUUGUUUAUUAAAGUGAAAUUUUCCUAAAUGACAUCAACAAAGCAUGAGUAACAAACUGAGCAAACUGAACAAAUUUAGAAUGUGUAAAAGAGUGGGGUUUUUUAAGUAUGGGUUUUUUUCCCACUGGAGUAUUUUCAGUUUUAAAACAUGCUUUUUUUAUGAGAUUACCUGCAGUCUAGUUUACAUUGUAUUCGUGUCAUAGCAGAUUUUGGGGAAAUGAGUGUUUAAUCAUUUUGCACUUUGUUUCCAAUACCUCACAAAGAUUUUAAGAAGGAAAGAGGAAAAAAAGAGAAGUUUAGUAGGCAGGUACCUUGUAAAUGAUUUUAAAUAUGCCUUUGUUUGAGACCACUUGAACUAACUACUUUUCCGUUCUUGCUACUGUCAUUAUUGUUUUAAUUUUUGUGAACAUGUGAGGCUUUCAGAUAGUUGGAAAUGCUAUUGUCAGCCUUUUUCAAGGCAUUAAGAAUUGAUCCCUAAAUAAGUUUGGUUUCUUUUUAUUUGACUUUUGCAGUUUCAAUAAAGUUAGCUACAGUAACAAA